AUGGCAGCAGAUGAUGACAAUGGUGAUGGAACAAGUUUAUUUGAUGUCUUUUCUGCUUCUCCUCUUAAAAAUAAUGAUGAAGGUUCUUUGGACAUAUAUGCUGGGUUGGACAGUGCUGUUUCUGACAAUGCUUCCAAAUUGUGUGUGCCAUCCCGAAAUUGUUUGGAUUUAUAUGAAGAAAUCCUGACUGAAGAAGGAACUGCAAAGGAGGCAACAUAUAAUGAUUUGCAAGUAGAAUAUGGUAAAUGUCAGCUGCAAAUGAAAGAGCUGAUGAAAAAGUUUAAGGAAAUACAGACACAGAAUUUCAGCUUAAAAAAUGAAAACCAAUCUCUUAAGAAGAAUAUUUCAGCACUUAUCAAAACCGCUAGAGUGGAAAUAAAUCGCAAAGAUGAAGAAAUAAAUAAUCUUCACCAAAGAUUGUCAGAGUUCUCACAUUUUCGCAAUAAUCACAAAACUGCAAGGACAGCAGAUUUAGUUAAAAUGAAAGAUUUUAAAUCCAGAUCUCCCCAUUUGGAUGAUUGUUCAAAGACUGAUCUCAGAGUGAAAAGUGAUGUUUCUAAAGAUGUACAUCAUAGCACUUCACUGCCAAAUCCCGAAAAGGAAGGAAAAUCACAUUGUGAAAAAAAGAGCACUUUGUAUUUGUCUCCAUCUAUCGAAAAACCCUGCACCAAUGGCAUUUGGUCACGUUCCCAUUAUCAGGUUGGUGAGAGUAUCUCAAAUGAGGAUAAUAGAAGAGGAAGGAAAGAUAUUAGACAUAGCCAAUAUAGCAGAGGAACCGAUAGAAUACGGAAAGACUUAAAUACUAGUUGUGAUGGUGAACCAAGGAACAUAGAGGCUAGUCAAAGGCUACAAGGACGUCCUGAGAAAUAUGGUAAAGGUGAACCAAAGGCUGAAAGCAAAAAUUCAAAGUUUAAAAGUAACACAGAUUUGGAUUAUAAAAAUGAACGCAUUAGCUCUUCUUGGGAGAAAGAGACCUUUAGAGAAAGGUCAUAUACUCGAGUUGACUCUCAAAGUGACAAAAAACUAGAAAGACAAAGUGAAAGAUCACAAAAUACAAAUAGAAAAGAACUUAAGUCACAAGACAAAGAAGAAAGAAAAGCUGAUCAAAAACCUAAAUCCGUAGUAAAAGACCAGGAUCAUUGGAGAAGACCUGAACGAGCAUCACUUCCUCAUUCCAAGAAUGAAAUAAAAUCUUCUCAUAAUUCAAGUAAAUACCAUCUAGAAGAGAGAAGAGGAAGGGAAGAUUGUAAAAGAGAUAGAGGUGUAAGUAAUCAUAGUUUUCAAGAAGGAAGAUGUCCAUCCUUUCUUUCAUCCAGUAGAACUCAUAAACACAUUGACUCCAAGGAAGUUGAUGCUGUGCACCAAUGGGAAAAUACACCUUUAAAAGCAGAACGGCAUAGAACUGAAGAUAAGAGGAAAAGAGAACGAGAAAGCAAAGAAGAAAGUAGGCAUAUAAGAAAUGAAAAAAGAACACCUACAGAACAUUUGCAGAAGACUAACAAAGAAACAAAGAAAACCACUACUGAUUUAAAAAGACAGAAUGAGCCAAAAAGUGAUAAAGGUGAAGUCUCUAACAGUGGUGUUUCUCAAGGAGCAGAUAAUAAAGAGCUUGUAAUUAAAGCUGACAGUGGUCCAAAUGAAACAAAAAAUAAAGACUUAAAGUUGAGUUUUAUGGAAAAAUUGAACUUAACUCUUUCUCCUGCUAAAAAGCAGCCUGUUUCUCAGGAUAACCACCAUAAAAUAACCAAUAUCCCCAAAUCCAGUGGCAUAUGUGAUUUGGAGUGCUUGGUGCAGGCGACAACAGUGACCUGUGUUUCCUCUGUCAAUGAACAUACCACAGAGAAAAUGGAAUCAAAGUUGUCGGAACCAAAGGUUGCUCUUGCAGCUGUAGCUGAAGUCAGGACCAGUAAUCCAGAAAGGAAAAUGGAGGAAGAAAAUAGUUUGUUAGUUAAAUCUGUUGAGAAUACUGUGGAUUGUGAUGUGCCCAUUUGUUGUACAGAGACUUCCUUCUCAGCACCUGUGGAAAUGGAACAAACAGAAUCCUUGUUUCCAUCAUCAACAGAAAUAGAAGAAACCAUUAAUGAUACCAGGACAGCAGUUCCUGUAGUAAUGGACAUAUUACAAACAAAUGUUUCUCAAAACUUUGGCUUGGAAUUGGAUACCAAAAAAAAAGAUGAUUUAAAUCCUUGUGUUUCUGAAGGUAUGGGAAUGAAGGAGGCUUUUUCAACAGAAGUAGCUAAAUCCAAUGACAGCAUUUUGCAGCCUUCAGUUGAAGAAACUGGCAUUUUGCCAGUAGUCCUUUCAGAAGAUGGUAACCCCAAAUUUGAGCCUUCUCUUGUAGAUACACCACUGGUUGAAAAUAAGUCUUGUCAUUUGGAGCCUUGCUCACCUAAAGAGACACUAGAAUCUUCACUUCAGCAGACUGAGUUAAUGGACAGCAGAAUGGAAAUCAGUGAAACAAACUCAGUAUAUAAUGAUGAUGAGAAUUCAGUUCUGAGCAUUGACCUUAAUCACCUGAAGCCUAUUCCAGAAGCCAUCAGUCCUCUGAAUAGUCCAGUGAGACCUGUAGCAAAAGUUCUUAGAUUGGAAAGCCCAUCUCAAGUUCCAUUAUGUAAUAACAGUCAUAAAGAUAUAUUUCCACCAAAUUCAGCUCAGUCUACUUCCAAGAGCAAGUCUGAUCUCAAUAAGGAAAAUCAAAAGCCAGUUUGCAAAUCUGACAAAUUUACAGAUGCAGACUCUCAUAAGAACUCAUCUUUAGAUGAAUUAGAAGAAGGAGAAAUUAUAAGUGACAGUGAAAAAUCUAAACCACAAAAAAGUUUUGAAAGAAGUGUUAUACCUAGAACUUCUACUGAAGUACAGAACACAAAAACUAGCCCAGGAAGUAGGAAAAGUACUAUACAUUUGGGUAAAGACAGUAGAAAAACAUCUUCUAUAAAAAUCCAUCAGACUAAAAGCAAAUGGAAUAAAAGACGAAGUGAAUCUAGCAGAUCUUCAAAAACAGAGAAGACAGACAAGACAAUGAGUACCUCCAGCCUGGAAAAAAUAGUUCCGAUUAUUGCUGCACCCUCUUCUGUACGAGAGAUUAUGCACAUGUUACGAGUGAUAAGAAAACAUGUAAGGAAAAAUUAUAUGAAAUUUAAGGUAAAAUUUUCAUUAAUACAAUUUCAUAGAAUUAUCGAGUCAGCAGUUUUGAGUUUUACAUCGUUAAUUAAACACCUUGACUUAUCCAAAAUCUCAAAGUCAAUGACUACUUUACAGAAUAAUCUCUGUGAUGUUAUAGAAUCCAAGCUUAAGCAAGUUAAGAAGAAUGGCAUUGUGGAUCGUUUAUUUGAACAACAGCUACCAGAUAUGAAAAAAAAAUUGUGGAAAUUUGUAGAUGAACAGCUGGAUUAUUUGUUUGCAAAGCUGAAGAAAAUCUUAGUAAAGUUUUGUGAUUUCAUAAACUUUGGCAGUGACAGUGAUGAAGGAAAACGUGAAAAGAUAAAUAAAGAAAAAGCACAAUAUUCAAAUGGUCAGAAGGAGAAUGUGGACUGCUCUAGUGAAGAAAUGCUGAAAGAGAAAUCCCCCAAAUCAGAAGAUUCUGUUAAUUGUAAGUCUUUACUAGGAUGUAAAAAAUCUGAGGAAAAACAUCAAGACCAAAAUAAUUUCAAUAUUAACACAGUAAAGCGUGACAUUAAAAAAAGUAACACUUGCUUUGAUAAUAUUAAGAACUCUCAAUCUGAAGAACACUCAUUGGAACCAAACCGUCCCAGCACCCCAAAGCCAGGGAAAAUUGAAGGCAACGCCAUGGAGGAUGCACAAACAUCCCAGCAUGCAGCUUUGAAGCCAGAACGCAGUUUUGAGAUUCUUACUGAACAGCAAGCCUCAAGCCUUACUUUUAAUUUAGUGAGUGAUGCCCAGAUGGGUGAAAUAUUUAAAAGUUUGUUACAGGGUUCUGAUCUUUUGGAUAAUAGCGUUAAUUGUAAUGAAAAAAGUGAGUGGGAGUUAAAGACCCCAGAAAAACAGCUGCUGGAGAGUCUUAAGUGUGAAUCUAUACCGGCUUGUACAACUGACGAGCUAGUUUCAGGGGUGGUUUCUCCAUGUCCUAAAAUGAUUAGUGAUGAUAAUUGGUCAUUAUUAUCAUCCGAGAAAGGUCCUUCUCUGUCUUCAGGGCUUUCGUUGCCAGUUCAUCCUGAUGUGUUGGAUGAAAGUUGUAUGUUUGAAGUGUCCACGAAUAUAGCUUUGAGUAAAGAUAAUGUAUGUAGUUCAGAAAAGAGCAAGCCCUGCAUUUCCUCCAUACUUCUGGAAGAUCUAGCAGUCUCUUUAACAGUGCCAUCACCUCUGAAGUCAGAUGGUCAUCUCAGUUUCCUAAAGCCUGAAGUUUUGUCUAGUUCAACUCCCGAAGAAGUUAUUAGUGCCCAUUUUAGUGAGGAUGCCUUACUUGAGGAAGAGGAUGCAUCUGAACAAGAUAUUCAUUUAGCCCUGGAGUCUGAUAAUUCAAGCAGCAAAUCAAGUUGUUCUUCAUCAUGGACAAGUCGGUCUGUUGCUCCAGGCUUUCAGUACCACCCCAACCUACCCAUGCAUGCUGUCAUAAUGGAAAAGUCCAAUGAUCAUUUCAUUGUGAAGAUACGGCGUGCAGCACCAUCUACCUCCCCUAGUCUUAAACAGAAUACGGUGGCUGAUGAGUCAUUGGCAUCUUUGCCUGGAGUGGAAAAGGAAGCUGAUAAAGCAGCAGAGAAAGAAUAUGUUUCAUGUCAGAAUGGAGUUUUUAAAUCUGCGGAGGAAUUAAAUUCCAACAACAAUGUUGAUAGCAGUAAAUCAGCUCAUGAAGAACAGGACUGUAUGAUGCAAACACAGGUUCCCGAUAUAUAUGAAUUUCUUAAAGAUGCUUCAGGUAAAGUGGGUCAUAGUAAUGAAGUGACUGAUGAAUGUUUCAAGUUGCAUCAAGUAUGGGAAUCAAAAGUACCUGUAAGCAUUGAAGAGUUGCCUCCAAUGGAGGAAAUUUCACAUUCUGUCGAGGCUCAUCCUCCAAACACAUAUAUAGACCUCACAAAAGAUCCAGUCACUGAGACCAAAAACUUGGGGGAAUUCAUAGAAGUAACAGUUUUAAAUAUUGAUCAGUUGGGAUGUUCUGAAGGCAGUUUGGAUCAGAGUGCUCAAAUAUUAGAUAAUAUGCAGCCUGAUACUGUAGGUGCUUUUAUUGAUUUGACACAAGAUGUUUCAAGUGAGAGUAGAAGUGAAGGGAACUGCCCUGCUUUAGCUGUUGAACGCUUGGAGUGUCAGGUGAUAUGUGUAGAUGAAGAUAACUGUAAGGAAGAAAAGGUGCAAAUGGCCGACAGGCCUUUGGAAAGCAUUGUUGAGGAAACCUAUAUCGAUUUGACCUCAGAACCUCCCAGUUCAUGCGAAGUAAAAAAGGAUAAUUUAAAGUCAGAGCCGACAUCAAAUUCUGAUGGCUCAGUGUUGCCUGGGUCUUUGGAUAAUGCUCCUAAAAAGAGAAAAAACCUUUCUGAUCUAAAUCAUUCUCAUAAAAAACAGAGAAAGGAAACAGACUUAAGCAGUAGGGAAAAGACCAAGAAAAUUACCCAAGAUUCUGGUGAGAAUGGUGAAGCUCACCAAAAGAAAGCCAGUAAGAAAAAGGACCCUGCAGUGACCAAAGACCCCUCAUCAUCAAGCCCAGGGAUUAAGGAUCCAUCAGCAGCAUCUGCCACUUCUCCUAUAAGCCUUUCUGCAAAGAAUGUUAUUAAAAAGAAGGGAGAAAUUAUAGUUUUAUGGACAAGAAAUGAUGACCGGGAAAUUUUAUUGGAGUGUCAAAAAAGAGGGCCAUCAUUGAAAACAUUUUCUUACUUAGCUGCCAAGUUGAAUAAAAAUCCAUAUCAGGUCUCAGAAAGAUUCCAGCAGCUAAUGAAGCUCUUUGAAAAGUCAAAAUGCAGGUAGUUAAUGGUUCUGCUACAGGAGACUAGUAAAGUAAAUGUUUGACACUGUUACUGUGCAGUUAAUGGCCUGUAGUCAUUGAAGAUAUGAGUAGUGGGUGAGGACAUCCAGUUGAGUUCCUGCUUCAAUCACAGGUUGGAGGAUGAUUGCUCAUGCAGGAUUCUGAGGUCACCUCAUCCACAGGGACAUGCUCAGAGUGAAGCCUGCUGCAGUUCAGAUCAGCAUGGCAUCUCUCCUCAACUCUCUCUUUUUAAGUAUAAUUGAC